AAAUGAAGAUAUAGCUCACAACGUCGCGGUACCUUGUAAGGCCUCACUUAUACACUCACCGCCCUCAGGAUUAUCGUCACGAAAUGCAAGUUCUCAGCUGGCCUCUGAUAUGGAGGUCUCCACGAACACCCAAAUUUUCGUCUCUCCAUCCGGUGAGCAUCAGUUUGCUCUCUUGUACGGCGAGCACUUCCCCUCAUUUUGAGAUUUUGUACCUGUCCUCAGCUGUAAUUGAAGUAGAAUCGUACCGUUAUCAUCUGGUAAUGUUCGUAGGGCGCAAGAGGUACCGGGGAGAGCAAGGUGCAGAAAGGGCAGGACAGGUGUCGUCAGAUUGUAAGUGAUUGCAGACAACAGCUUUCGUGAUCACAAGACUACAUCUCCGUUGUAUUCUCCUUUCUACCACGACGCUUCCUUAAACAUGAGCACGAACGGACGUGAUGCGCUACUAUUGACGACACGGCAGAACGACCAAGAUAGACACUCUGUUGGUCAUAUCAGACGAUGAUAAGCAAUUAACGAUGGGACGUACGUGACUGCGUUGUAUUCGCAGACUGCUCGCUGACAGAAUCAUCAGCCCAGCCUAGCGACCGCGAGCGCAAAGCGGCGGCAGCGCGUGCGGAUUGUCCGUCCCCUCAGUUUGUGAGAUCUGCUGCCGCGGGGUCGAGAUUUUGGAGGGUACAAAAGGUAUGCUGUCCCCACCAGUUCGUCAGUUGAGAGCGCCAUUUGACAUAGCGCCAGCCUGAGAUAAGGUUCGGGCCCUGGUAAACCGCUACUUGAAGAGUGAUUUACAUGUCUCGGGCCAGAUAAUUGUUCUUGGGUAUGUGCCUUGACGGUAUGGUCGGAUGGGACCGCCAGUCAUGGGGCUACCACGCCGACGAUGGCUGGGUAUUCCCUGACUACCGUAGCGAUUAUGGCCCCUACGGCCCGACGUUUGACAGGGAGUGCAGAAAACAUAGCAAACAGGUUCGUGCGACCCUUGAUAUAACUAUCUCAGCUGGAGAUGUAAUCGGCUGUGGCAUCGAUUUCAGUCAACACAAGAUGUUCUAUACGAAGAACGGUACCUUACUAGGUGCGUGAUUCAUCUCAACGCAUUCGAAGCCACUUAGUACGCUGUAGGAAUGGUCUCUGAGAACAUUGUAGUGGACACAGACAUUUGUCCCACCGUUGGUAUGCGAUUCGAGUCAGAGUCCAAGCCCGCCAUCGGCGACAACAUCCGAGUGCAAAGCGGCACCAGUUGAGUACAUGUAGUGAUUUGACUGGCUCGGCUUCAAGCCAGCAAGCCGGCCAAGCCAAGCCAAAGGGUACCGGCUUGAACAGGCUUUUGGCUCGGCUUGCAUGUCAAGCCAGCCAAGCCAAGCCGGCAAGCCGCGGCUUUAGAUAAUGAACUUACUGUGUUUAGUACUGCUGUUAGGAUAAUCAUAAGAACUUGGUCAGCACCUAUUUGCGGCAGGCAGAUGGGUAUGAACGAGAG